CCUCACUCGCUGCUCGCCCCGCAGAGGCCGGCGGUCGGACCGCGCCGCAGCCGGAGAUGCCGCGGGGCGCCGCGCUGUGCCUGCGCCUGUGGCUCUGCCUCGGACUCCUCGACGGCGAGCGCGGCCUGGUGAGUGGCUACUCCAUGAGCCCCCCGACCCUGAACAUCACGGAGGAGACACACGUCAUUGACUCCAACGACAGCCUGUCCAUCUCCUGCAGGGGGCAGCACCCCCUCCAGUGGGCCUGGCCAGGGGCUCAGGAAGCGCCAGCCACGGGGGAAAAGGACAGUGAAGACCUGGGGUUCGUUCGCGACUGCGAAGGCACGGAUGCCCGGCCCUACUGCAAGGUGCUGCUGCUUCCCGAGGCCCACGCCAACGACACGGGCAGCUAUGGCUGCUACUACAAGUACAUUAAGGCCCGCAUCGAGGGCACCACCGCGGCCAGCACUUACGUGUUCGUAAGAGACUCGGAGCAGCCGUUCAUCAACAAGCCAGGCACACUCCUGGUCGACAGGAAGGACUCCGUGUGGGUGCCCUGCCUGGUGUCCAUCCCCGGCCUCAACGUCACCCUGCGCCUGCAGCCAAGCUCAGUGCUGCAGCCCGACGGGCAGGACGUGGUGUGGGAUGACCGCCGGGGCAUGCGGGUGCCCACGCCGCUGCUGCGGGAGACCCUGUAUCUGCAGUGCGAGACCACCUGGGGCGGCCAGGCCUUCCUGUCUAACCCUUUCAUCGUGCACAUCACAGGCAACGAGCUCUACGACAUCCAGCUCUUCCCCAAGAAGUCCAUGGAGCUGCUCGUCGGGGAAAAGCUGGUCCUGAACUGCACCGUGUGGGCCGAGUUCAACUCGGGGGUCACCUUCGACUGGGACUACCCAGGGAAGCAGGCCGAGCGGGGCAAGUGGGUGCCCGAGCGGCGCUCCCAGCAGACCCACACAGAGCUCUCCAGCAUCCUGACCAUCCACAACGUCAGCCAGCGCGACCUCGGCCCGUACACGUGCGAGGCCAACAAUGGCAUCCAGCGGUUCCGGGAGAGCACCGAGGUCAUCGUGCACCAAAAACCCUUCAUCAGCGUCGAGUGGCUCAAGGGCCCCGUCCUGGAAGCCACAGCAGGAGACAAGCUGGUGAAGCUGCCCGUGAAGCUAGCUGCGUACCCCCCACCGGAGUUCCAAUGGUACAAGGACAGAAAGGUGGUGUCGGGGCGCCACAGUUCACAUGCCCUGGUGCUCAAGGAGGUGACCGAGGCCAGCGCAGGCAUCUACACCCUCGCCCUGUGGAACUCCAUGGCCGGCCUGAAGCGCAACAUCAGCCUGGAGCUGGUGGUGAACGUGCCCCCCAACAUCCACGAGAAGGAGGCCUCCUCCCCCAGCAUCUACUCCCGCCACAGUCGCCAGGCCCUCACCUGCACUGCCUAUGGUGUGCCCCCUCCUCUCAGCGUCCAGUGGUACUGGCGGCCGUGGACGCCCUGCAAGACCUUCGCCCAGCGCAGCCUCAGCCGGCGGCAGCAGCGGGACCGCAUGCCACAGUGCCGGGACUGGAGGGAGGUGACCACGCAGGACGCUGUGAAUCCCAUCGAGAGCCUGGACACCUGGACGGAGUGUGUGGAGGGGAGGAAUAAGACGGUGAGCAAGCUGGUGAUCCAGGAUGCCAACGUGUCUGCCAUGUACAAAUGCAUGGUCUUCAACAAGGUGGGCCAGGACGAGCGGCUCAUCUACUUCUAUGUGACCACCAUCCCCGACGGCUUCAGCAUUGAGUCCGAGCCCUCGGAGGAGCCCCUGGAGGGCCAGGCCGUGCGCCUGAGCUGCCAGGCUGACAACUACACUUAUGAGCAUCUGCGCUGGUACCGCCUCAACCUGUCCACGCUGCACGAUGCCCACGGGAACCCGCUGCUGCUCGACUGCAAGAACGUGCACCUGUUCGCCACGCCGCUGGCCGCCACCUUGGAAGAGGCAGCGCCGGGGGCUCGCCACGCCACGCUCAGCCUGACCAUCCCCCAUGUGACACCUGAGCACGAGGGCGACUACGUGUGCGAGGUGCAGGACCGGCACAGCCAGGACAAGCACUGCCACAAGAAGUACCUGUCAGUGCAAGCCCUGGAAGCCCCCCGGCUUACGCAGAACUUGACCGACCUCCUGGUGAACGUGAGCGACUCCCUGGAGAUGCGGUGCCCGGUGGCCGGGACGCACGUGCCCAGCAUCAUGUGGUACAAGGACGAGCGGCCGCUGGAGGAAAAGUCUGGGAUCGAUCUGGCCGACUCGAACCAGAAGCUGAGCAUCCAGCGCGUGCGCGAGGAGGACGCUGGCCGCUACCUGUGCAGCGUGUGCAACGCCAAGGGCUGCGUCAACUCCUCGGCCAGCGUGGCCGUGGAAGGCUCCGAGGACCGGGGCAGCAUGGAGAUCGUGAUCCUUGUUGGCACCGGGGUCAUCGCGGUCUUCUUCUGGGUCCUCCUCAUCAUCAUUUUCUGUAACAUGAGGAGGCCAGCCCACGCAGACAUCAAGACCGGCUACCUGUCCAUCAUCAUGGACCCCGGGGAGGUGCCCCUGGAGGAGCAGUGCGAAUACCUGUCCUACGAUGCCAGCCAGUGGGAGUUCCCCCGGGACCGGCUGCACCUCGGGAGAGUCCUGGGCCACGGCGCCUUCGGGAAGGUGGUGGAAGCCUCGGCGUUCGGGAUCCACAAGGGCAGCAGCUGUGACACGGUGGCCGUGAAGAUGCUGAAAGAGGGCGCCACAGCCAGCGAGCACCGCGCCCUGAUGUCGGAGCUCAAGAUCCUGAUCCACAUCGGUAACCACCUCAACGUGGUCAACCUCCUGGGGGCGUGCACCAAGCCUAACGGCCCCCUCAUGGUGAUCGUGGAGUUCUGCAAAUACGGCAACCUCUCCAACUUCCUGCGCGCCAAGCGGGAGGCCUUCAGCCCCUACGCAGAGAAGUCCCCGGAGCAGCGAAGGCGCUUCCAGGCCAUGGUGGAGGGUGCCAGGGCCGACAGGAGGCGGAGGCCGGGGAGCAGUGACAGGGCCCUCCUGACAAGGCUCCUGAUGGGCAAGGGCGAGGCGGCCCGGGCCACUCGGACCCAGGAAGCUGAGGACCUGUGGCUGAGCCCGCUGACCAUGGAAGACCUUGUCUGCUACAGCUUCCAGGUGGCCCGGGGGAUGGAGUUCCUGGCCUCCCGCAAGUGCAUCCACAGAGACCUGGCUGCGCGGAACAUCCUGCUGUCGGAGAGCGACGUGGUGAAGAUCUGCGACUUCGGCCUGGCCCGGGACGUCUACAAGGACCCCGACUACGUGCGCAAGGGCAGCGCCCGGCUGCCCCUGAAGUGGAUGGCGCCCGAGAGCAUCUUCGACAAGGUGUACACCACGCAGAGCGACGUGUGGUCCUUCGGGGUGCUGCUCUGGGAGAUCUUCUCCCUGGGGGCCUCCCCGUACCCUGGGGUGCAGAUCAAUGAGGAAUUCUGCCAGCGGCUGAAAGAGGGCACCCGGAUGAGGGCGCCGGAGCUGGCCACUCCUGCCAUACGCCGCAUCAUGCUGAGCUGCUGGUCUGGAGACCCCAGAGAGAGGCCGGCGUUCUCAGAGCUGGUGGAGAUGCUGGGGGACCUGCUCCAGGGCGGGGGCCGGCAGGAGGAGGAGGAGGACUGCCUGGCGUCCUGUGGCUUGAGCUUGGAGGAGGGCAGCUCGCAGGCGUCCACCACAGCCCUGCACAUCGCCGAGGCCACCGAGGAGGACAGCCGGCCAAGCCUGCGCCCACACAGCCUGGCCGCCAGAUACUACAACUGUGUGUCCUUCCCGGGGAGCCUGUCCAGAGGGACCCAGGGAACCUCCAGGAUGAAAACCUUCGAAGAAUUUCCCAUGACCCCAACAACCUACAAGGCCUCGGCGGAUAACCAGACGGACAGCGGGAUGGUGCUGGCCUCCGAGGAGUUUGAGCAGCUGGAGAGCAGGCACCGACCGGAGGGCGGGCUCAGCAGCUGUAAAGGACCCGGCUGGAGCGUGGAGGUGGCCGGGGCGCACCCGGACCCCCAGGGGCGGCGGCGGCGGCCUGACCGGGGCCAGGUGUUCUACAACAGCGAGUACGGGGAGCUGGCCCGGCCCCGCGGCGGGGGCGACUGCACCCCCCUGGCCCGCACGCCCUUCUUCGCAGACAGCAGCUACUGAGGAGGCUGGGCAAGGCCCCGCCCGGGGCGCCCGCAGCUGGCGGCCGUGCCUGGCAGGGCGGGCAGAGGGUCGGAGCUCCAGGCUGGGAACUCAUCUCCUUUGGUUCGGCCAGGAGGCCUUCCCUCCACCCUGUCAGCCGCCCCCCCCCCCCCCCCCCCCAGCCAUGAAGAGCAAAACCCAGGCUCCAGGGCUCCCCGACCUCCAUCACCACCCCUGCCCAGGACUUCCCCCGGGCCCCCUGAGGCCCUUCUCCCUUCAGAUCAGAUUCCAUGUAGCUAACAUCCCCAGGGCCCAGCCUGGACCCCACACUCCCAGGGGAAUGCCCCUUUGCUGGCCUCCCCCCACGACAGUGGGUGGUAGCGUGACUCCCAUUUUCUGAGGAGGAACUCGAGGGUCUGACAGUCUCAGGGGCUGCAGGUGAAGCCAGGCCUGAGCUGCAGCCUCCCGGCCCCGCCUCACUCGCUGCUCCUCCACGCAGCCCCUCCCCGGGGAAGGCCUUCCUUCCCUUGUCGCCCCCGGGCUGAGGGGAGGGUGCCAGACCCCAUCCCGAAGCACAAAGAGGAACUGGGGGGGAGCUCCUCCCUGAGCCCCGCCAGCCACCCCCUCGGGCAGCAGGGCCAUCACAACGCACCCUCCCCCGAUUCUGCGGAUCUUUUUCAUUAGAACUUCAGAAACAGAGCUGCUAUGAAGAAUUUACUUUUCAAAACGUCAGUCUGAAGGGCGCACGUUCUCUCAAUCUAGAGGAUCCUUGCCCCAUGGCCCCCCGUGGGCGCCGUCACAGCAGACGCAGCCACAGCCUCUCCUGGAGAAGGUGCGCCCGCUGCCUGGCCCAGGCGGCCUCGAGCAGCCCCACCUGAGAAGACGCCGGGUCCUCCCCUCUGGGACCCGAUCUGCUGCCCGCGGGGCCCCUGCCCAGCCGGAAGGUCCUUCCGAGCGGAGGGGCCCAGCCGGAAGGUCCUUCCGAGCGGAGACUCCACAGGCAGGCGCCCAGGCUGGCCCGGGGGACCGCCCAGCGCGCUCCAGGCCCCCAGGCAUCGGGAUGUUCUGUGGCCUCGGGGGCCGUCUCCUACCGCCUGGUCUCUGCCUGACGUGGGCGCCCUGGCAGUUCAAGCCUCUGUCGUCACCGGGGAGCAGCCAGGACCUCUGGAGGCUGCAGCCAGUCUGCUCAGACCCCCACCCCAGCUCACACUGCCCAGCCACCCACCCUCAGAGGAGAUACACCUCCUCCCAGUUAGCACCAGAGGCACCCCCCCCCCCCCCACACACACACACACGAGACGCUUGCAGGACAGGCGCCGUGCAGCGAGCGGGGCCUUGCCCACAGACACCCCCCCCCCCCCCCCCCACUGUGUAUCGUUUCUGUAGGGCACCGACACGGGUGACAUCUCCGCUGUCCCCGCGGGCCUGCUUCUUGGACGUCACCUGACUGUGAGACCUGGGUCUCAGGGGAACCUGGUAGCAGGGCCCAGAGGCUGUUAGCGGAGCCACGUGUGCUGCAGGUGCACAGCCUGGCCCCGGGCCGCCCUCCUCCUGUCACCGCCGCGCACACAGACAUGUACCGGGAAGAACACCUGCCAUGCCCUGUACACCGCGUGCUCCGAAAAGAUCUGAAAUAUUUAACAAAAGAUAAUAAUAAAUGUGAUGCCAGUC